AUGCAUCGUUUAGGGGCGGAGUUACGUUUGAACGUACAGCGCGGAAGAACGACGUAGCAGAAACAUUGUGUUUAUCUUAACACGAAAUGUGAUAAUUCAACACAUUUAAAUGUUCAUUCCCGUAUAGAUAAUGGAGCCUUGAUUUCAGAACAGGACUCUGUAGUAAAUUUACGUCUGUGUUUCGUAAGGUGAUACUGAGAGUAAAAUGCCUAUCCGAGCUCACUGCACAAUCUGCUCGGACUUCUUCGAUAACUCCAAAGAUGUUGCUGCUAUCCACUGCGGACACACUUUUCACUAUGACUGCCUGCUGCAGUGGUUUCAGAAGGCCCCCACUAAAACCUGUCCCCAAUGUAGAAAACAGGUCAGUACCAGACACAUUAUCACUAAACUGUUCUUUGACAUCAGUGGAGAGGAUGAUGGCACAGUGGACCCCGAGAGCUUGCAGAAUGAGCUUGAUAGGAUGAAGGUGCUUUCAAGCUCUAGAGAGCGAGACUUGCGGGACAAACAGAAGGUGGUGGACGGUUUGAAGGACACUGUGGACAAGCAGAAGAGAGACCUGGACAGUGUGCGGAAAGAUAUUAUGGAGAAAGAGAUGCUCUGUUCUGCCCUCAGAAAACAGAUGACAUUCCUAGAGAGCCAACAGAAUGAUAUUCAGGUAGCAAAGGACGAGGCAAGACGACUCAGGACCAAAAUGAAAACCUUUGAAAGCUUGGAGGUCUUGUUGCAGGGCCAGAGAGCUGAGGUGGAAUCCAUGAUCACAGACAUGGGCAUCAGCCAGGCAGCAGUGGAGCAGCUCUCCAUCUACUGUAUCUCACUCAAAAAAGAGUAUGAUAAUCUAAAAGGAAACAUAAAAUCAUCAAAUGACAUGUGUGAGAAGCUGAAGAGAGAGGUGCUCACCUCGAACAAUAGGUUGCAUAAAGCCUCAAUGGAGGCAAAACAGAACAAAGAGGAAAUUAAGUCUUUGCAGAGCGAUCUGUCCAACGCUGACAAGGAGAUCUCAAGUCUGAAGAAGAAAGUGGAGUUUCUUCAGAGGACUCUCAGCACCCCGACACGGACGAACGAAGCCCUGAGUCGACUUGUUUUUGAAAGCCCAGCCCCAAUGGAGCUGAAGCACCCUCACCUCCACCAGCCUUCAGGUAACGAGGAUGUUGACCUCAACAUGACUUAUGACAUCACAACGCCAGAUAAUGUGGCCAAGAGGCCGACACAAGUUCCAUCAAAGAAGAUGCGGCUCAACCCUUCGGUGUCUUCUGUUCCAAAACAUAUUGAGAAAAGUUUAGUUCCAAGCAAGGUUCAAGAUGAAGAAUCCAUGGAUCCUUUUUUGAAGAACUCCCUCCUCUUCAGAAAGAAGACCUUUGGUAGCAUGUUGGAUCCACAGAGGAAGUCUGCGACUCUGAGAACUGGUUACGAUGGUUUAGGAGGACGCACUAAAUUCAUCCAACCUUCACCUUUAUCAGAGAUUCGCCCACUGAUGAAAGCUAAAAGGAAAAAAGUAACCAGGCCUCUGACCAAAAUUGCAACCUGCCUGACUCUGGACAGCUUCCUUGAGUGAGUUCUGACCUGUUUCCUGAUGUGGAGUCAAAGGUCAGAUCCCUGCGUGUUAUGUAGGAUGUUUGGCUUUGGAUAACCCACCUGGGAGCAGUUCUGCUGCUGGUUCCAAGCAGAACCCCACUAUUUAACUUUUUCGAAAGCCACAAACCUGCAAACAGAGGCUGAGCCUUUGGGUGACAACUUGCUGUGUAUAUUUUUUUAGUGUUGAUUUAAACUUAUAAACUUUUGUGUGUGUGGAUUUUGAACAGCCUUCUGUUUUGUUGUUGUUGUCAUUAUUAUGUGAGUGUCGCUGUGUGUCAUAGACAAACUGAUUUGAGGACCAUUUGAAUGCCAGUACUAUGUGUUGUCAUUUGUAACCACCGCUGCAUCAUCUUUCUGUGCUCUGAAAAAUAGUCAUUUAUUUUUCGCACUUAUUCAAGAGCCGUCUCCUUAAACCCCUACAUGUAAAUAUACUGUAGGUAUUUCAGUUUUGAUGGCCCUGUCAGAUGUAAGUCAACACAAAUAAACAAGAGCUUUUUUAAUUAA